AAAAUACCAGUUUGUAGUCCUUACAAUGACGGGGACGAAACGAUCUUGUGGAUCUGGACAGCGAGGAUGCGUCUGCCACUGAAGCAGUGAGAGAAAGCGAAGCGCGGCCAUGGCUACCACCACAUCCACUUCCCUAUCGCUACCGAUAUCCCUCUCCUCUUCCAAUCCAAACUCCUACAAGCUUCCUUCUCUCCGUUCCUCAUCUGCAUCCUUUGCUUCAUCCUUCAAUCUCUCUCGCCGACCGGCAGCUCUCGUUCUCCUCCAAAAUCGUCCAAGACGAGGCUCAAUCCGUAGGCUCCAUGCCAUUUCUGAAGAAACCUUGGCCUCGGAAUCCGCCGCGCUGGUGGAGAAAUCACAGGAGAUAGCAUCGACUGGUGACGACGGCGUAUCCACCAUAAUCUCUGUUCUUCUGUUUGUCGCAUUCGUCGGUCUAUCUGUUCUCACAAUCGGGGUAAUCUACAUUGCUGUGACGGAUUUCUUGCAGAAGAGGGAGAAGGAAAAGUUUGAGAAAGAGGAGGCGGCUAACAAGAAGAGCGGGAAGAAGAAGAAGGUGAAGGUGAAGGCCAAAACUGGACCCAGGGGAUUCGGCCAGAAGGUUGAACAAGAAGAGGACUGAUGUUAUCAACAGCUGUUGAUCUUAUUCUUGCUUGUUUAAUUUUCCAUAAAUUCAGUUUAAUUUGCUGAGUUAGGGCAUCCUAAAUUUUCUCGUUGGAAUUGGAAUGAUCCAUCCAGAUUAACUCGAUUAAAUGUUGUUUGAUUUUUAAUCAUCUACCUCGAACUAUGAAUAAUUCAACCAUUCUAAAUUUGGAAA